AUGGAUUUCAAUGAGCUGUUUCUUCUCUUUGCUCUCUCCCUUAUCCCUCUUUCUUUCUUGAUACUUCGUCGAAAGAAGAGUAAAGGUACAGCGCCUAUGGUCCCGGGAGCAUGGCCGGUGGUCGGCCAUUUACCAAUGUAUCGCUCUGUAAAGCCACAAGCACAUGUUGCGUUCGGGGCCAUGGCCGAUGUGUACGGACCCGCGUUCAUGACGAAAAUUGGUUCUCGCAACGCCCUGGUCAUAAGCAGCGAAGAGGUGGCUAGAGAAGUCUACACCGUCCACGACAAGUUCUUACGUCGACAAGACAUGAUUGCAGGUGAAAUUUUAGGAUACGAUGGCUUGCUCCUGUUGGUUAGCCCUCAGGGAGCGUACUGGGGAGAGAUACGGAAGAUAGUGAUAUCACAACUUAUGUCAGCCUCAGUGGUUGAUACGUUCAAGGGUCGUAGAGCCGGAGAGGCUGACGUGGCGUUCAGAGACUUGUACAUGAGGUGGGAACAGCACAAUGGUCGGCCUCAUCAAAAAGGAGUCUUGGUGGACAUGAAGCCAGUGUUUGUCAAUGUCGCCACAAACAUGACGGUGAUGAUGGUCGCGGGGAAGAGAUAUUACGGGAAUAGUCCCAACUGCGAAGCGGGAGAAGCAAGGAGAAUUGGGAAGUUGAUUCUGGAGGCAGUCCAGAACUUCGGUCGCUACUUUAUAUCUGAUUUUAUACCAUACCUGGGUUGGUUGGAAUGGAAGGAAAAGAAGAUAAUGAAGAGAAUGGCUCAAGAGUUGGACUAUGUUGUUGAAUCUUGGAUUGAAGAGCACAAGAAUAAGAGGAGAGAGAGUGAAAAGGAUUACUUGGACAUGCUCAUUGAGAUCAUUGAACAACACAAGAUUCUAGGCUCGAGUGAUGCUCAUAAAACCACUAAAGCCAUCUGCCUUAACCUGGCUAUUUCUGGGAGCGAUGCAGUUGUUGCGAUUCUAGUUUGGGCUGUAUCGUUGCUCGUGAACAACCAGCACGUGUUGAGGAAAGCUCAAGAAGAGUUGGACCGCACAAUCGGUAAUCAGAGAGUAGUGGAGGAGUCCGACCUCAAAGACUUGGUUUAUCUCCAAGCCAUUGUCAAGGAAACAUUUCGUUUGUACCCUCCAGCCCCCUUCGUCGCUUAUAGGGAAACGACCGAAGAUUUUGUCAUUGCCAAUGGCAACUUUCAUAUUCCCGCAGGGACACACGUGAUGGUAAAUGAGUGGAAGGUCCAGAGAGAUCCGACUAUAUGGCCAAACCCGGAAGAGUUCGAGCCAGAGAGAUUCUUGACAUCUCACAAAGAAGUGGAUGCUGGUGGGAAGAUGAAUCAUAAGCUCUUUCCAUUUGGGUUAGGACGACGAGCUUGCCCCGCAUCUCUUUUAGGUACGAAGAUGGUUCAGUACAUCCUGGCUAGGUUCUUACACAGCUUUGACGUGGCAAACCCAUCAAACCAAAACGUGGACAUGUCGGAGGACAACGCCUUGGUCAAUCUCAAAGCCACUCCUCUUGAAGUCUUCAUUACUCCUCGGCUGCAUGAGUCCCUUUACCUUGUUGAUCGCAACAGCGAAAACUUCUCCAACAAGGCUUAAUGAAUAAUAUUACAUCGAUCUUAAUUUGGUCAAGAAUCUGCUAGCAAAUAAAAGAACUUCCAGUCUUUCUUUGCAUCACCUUUUUCCUUCAUUUAUUUUUCGUAUUAUGGUUUCCGAUUGCUCCCGUAAUAAAUAAUGAAAUAUUUUUAUGGGUAAACUGUAAAUAUGACUUGGAAAAAAGAGCUCCGUACUGGUUGAAAUAUAU